CAGGGAGCGGCGAGAAUGUCCGAAGGUGACAGUGUUGGAGAUUCUGUCCAUGGGAAACCUUCUGUCGUGUACAGAUUUUUCACGAGACUUGGACAGAUUUAUCAGUCAUGGCUAGACAAGUCCACACCUUACACAGCCGUGCGAUAGGUAGUGACACUGGGCCUGAGCUUUGUCUACAUGAUUCGAGUUUACCUGCUACAGGGCUGGUACAUUGUGACUUACGCCUUGGGAAUCUACCACCUCAAUCUUUUCAUAGCCUUUCUCUCUCCCAAAGUGGACCCUUCCCUGAUGGAGGACUCAGAUGACGGCCCCUCAUUACCAACCAAACAGAAUGAGGAGUUCCGGCCCUUUAUUCGAAGGCUUCCAGAGUUUAAAUUUUGGCACGCGGCGACCAAGGGCAUCCUCGUGGCCAUGGCCUGCACCUUCUUUGAGGCUUUCAAUGUCCCAGUGUUCUGGCCCAUCCUGGUGAUGUACUUCAUCAUGCUUUUCUGUAUCACCAUGAAGAGGCAAAUAAAGCACAUGAUAAAGUACCGGUACAUCCCAUUCACGCAUGGCAAGAGGACAUACAAGGGGAAGGAAGACGGAGGCAAGACGUUUGCGAGCUAGACACUUGGCCCAGCCCGUCACAGUCUGGGGACGGUUCUCAGCCAUUGUAACAAUGCCUUCUUCCUUCACAUAAAGUAGGUGAUUUCGAGGGAGUCGAAUUUUCUUUUUAAAAAGGAGCUUCAAUUAUUUGUAACUGAAAUAUCAGGUUCUUGAAGAAACUGACAUUUAAACCAAAUUGCAUUGAUUUAUUUUUCAGUGACAUUCAAGUGUUCAAACGGACAGAAUUCUAGUAAACUGCUGGUGGGGUGGACAGUUGAGCGGGGGUGUGGGGAGGGGUGGGCGGUCUCGGUUGUCGUGUGGCCUUGGAACGGACCUGCGCUGAAGGAGCCGGGUUGCACCCCAGCUGCCCCAACCAGGACACCCUUGGCCACAUCACCCAGCUGGAGGAUGAUGCUAACCUGAUUCCUGUGCGUUGGAAGAACAUUUGAAAGGUGAUUUCUGAGUAACUCUGGGGUUCUAAUGCCAGUUUCCCAAUUUUAUCUCACCAGAGAUGUUUAAAGUUGGUCUCUAUCAUAAUGACUCAAAACUUUGUUCUUAAUUACCAUGAUUGCUUUUUGGGGGGCCUGGAAUUAUAAAUAUAUAUAUUA